AUGUCUUGCCUCGGUCAUGUCUUGCGUGGCGCUGUGCAGCGGAAAAAACAACACAAGCCCUCAGCUCUUCAACCAAUCGAAUGCCUCGUAACUCGUACGACACCACGACCCGAACUUCCGCCGGAGAUCUGGAUGCUUGUCAUCCGGUUUGCGACCUGUUCAUAUCCUGAUCCCCUCGAUACUUCACGACCUGUUUCAUUCCUGGAUCCCCCUCAUGUCACUCAGUUGCGAUUAGUUACAUACUACGCGACGAUGCAACAAAAGCUAGCUCUAUGCCGGGUCAGCAGGCAGUGGAGAGAGUGGGCCACUGAAUUCUUGUACGAGUUUGUCUGGGUCAAUCGUGCCGGCCACGCCCGACUUCUUGCUCGUACCUUGGAAACGCCAGAGGGGAAGGGUCACGGUCGUUGGAUCAGGAGGCUUCACGUCGAAACCAUGACAUUGGACAAGUGCAACCCGUCGCAUCUCCGUACUAUCCUCGACGCCUCCCCCGAUCUUGCCAUCUACUCUGACCAUCGAUCCAUUCGCCUUACCCUCUUUUCCGUCAACUCUCCUCUGGAGGAGACAUGUACCCCAGAUGACCUCUUCCAGUCAUUACCAACCAACCUCCGUCGUCUUUCAUGGACCUCUUAUGAAGCGUCUCCGACUCCCACUAUGCCCCUCUUUUCUGUCCUACACAAUCUCACUUUCCUUGAGUUACACUUCCAUGCGCCUAUGCGUUCAGCAUUUGCUGUUUCCUCGCCGCCCCCCGUAUCACCCUCGCAGACCUUCUACCUUCCCCAACUACAGACGCUGAAAACUUCCCUUUGCUCGAACACCUUCGAGCUUCUCUCCACCUGGAUCCUUCCGUCACUCUGCAAUCUCUCGCUUAUUUCACCUGACUUCAGCUACUCUUCCCCCGGCUUCCUCGCCUUCUUCUCCGCGCACGGUGCCAAGAUUAAUCAGCUCGAACUCGGACAUUCCUCGUCCAACAUCCUCGAAGAGCACUACAUCACUCCCAUUCGUCCAGUCACAGGCCGGCCAAGCCUCGCGUCCCUCCUCCCGAACAUGACCGAAUUCAUCUGCUCCGCAGAUGCCGAGUGGAAUUGGGAGAGCCCAGACUGGAUUGCGCCGCAUGUGCUCCUUCCGUCUCAUCCGCGGCUGCAGCUUAUCGGAGUCCGUGACAUCGGGCGGGGCAACUGGCUGCUGAUUGAGCAGAUGCGGAGCCUGCUCAGGCGCGAUGCGUUUCCCUCCUUGCGAUAUGUCAGGGACAUGGGACCCGGGUUGUUCAAGGUUCGGAAUGGCCUCGAGCCUGACAUUGACAUGAUGUUGUUCUGGAGAGCUGUCUGGGAUAGCUGUGGAGGUCGAGGUGUGUGGUUGGAAGAUCUCGAAGGUGUCAAUUUCGUUGCGAGGGAUUGGAAGAGACUGGGCUUUGAUGUCCCAUCCCCUCCUCCAAAUUCUGUGUAG